AUUGGCGUUUAGAAACCAGCUCUAGGCUAGCCGAGCAAUUGCCAGAAUGGUAUCCUUGGAAGUUACACCCCAUUGGUCACUGGGUCCCAAAGCACGCGUCGAUUGGCUGACGUCCGAAUUCAGGUCACUUGGCUACGUAAUUCGCUGAAAAGUAGGUUAGUGGUGCGACAUUUACUGAAGGCAGAAAGUAGGUCACGGACAGGACGGGUUGUGUUUACCAACGCUUCUCUCUGGUAGCAGGUUUGAAUGAGUAUACCAAACUGUUAGCAUGGAUAUGCUGUUACCAAGUGCCUGGACUACUAAUUUCCAGGAGUACAUCAAAACUCACAGAAAAGAGAAUAUCAAUGACCAGAUGGCUGAUCAAAGGAUGGACAUUUCUUCCACAAUUAAUGACUUCAUCUCACCAGGCCCCACCAACCUAAUAUCAAGUUCUUUGGGUAGUACAGGAAUGGAUUACUCUAGGAAGAGAAAAGGAAGCAUGACUGACUACCAGGAAGGCAUGGAUACAGACAAGGAUGAUCAGCUCGGACGUCUGGAAUGUGCUGACCAGCAAGGAAGAAUUAAGAAUGCCAGAGAGGCACACAGUCAGAUUGAAAAACGACGCCGAGAUAAAAUGAACAGUUUCAUUGAUGAACUGGCGUCUCUGGUUCCAACAUGCAAUGCAAUGUCUAGAAAGCUGGAUAAACUCACUGUGCUGAGAAUGGCAGUUCAGCAUAUGAAAACAUUAAGAGGUGCCACAAAUCCUUAUACUGAAGCCAAUUACAAGCCAUCUUUUCUUUCAGACGAUGAGCUAAAACACCUAAUCCUUAGGGCAGCAGAUGGGUUUCUCUUUGUUGUGGGAUGUGACCGAGGGAAGAUUCUGUUCGUUUCGGAAUCAGUCUUCAAAAUUUUAAACUACAGUCAGAAUGAUCUGAUUGGGCAGAGCCUGUUUGACUACCUGCACCCCAAAGACAUUGCCAAAGUUAAGGAGCAGCUUUCAUCUUCAGAUACUGCACCUCGAGAGAGGCUAAUAGAUGCCAAAACUGGGUUACCCGUUAAGACUGAUAUUGCCCCAGGUCCAUCACGGUUAUGCUCAGGAGCUAGAAGAUCCUUCUUCUGUAGGAUGAAGUGCAAUAGAGCAGCAAUGAAAGUAGAAGAAAAAGACUUUCCUUCAACGUGUUCUAAGAAGAAAGCUGACAGAAAAAGUUUUUGCACUAUCCAUAGUACUGGAUAUUUAAAAAGUUGGCCACCUACAAAAAUGGGAUUAGAUGAAGACAAUGAACCUGACAAUGAAGGGUGCAACUUAAGUUGCCUUGUAGCAAUUGGACGCUUGCAUCCACACAUAGUUCCACAGCCAGUUAAUGGUGAAAUUAGGGUAAAGCCAACAGAGUACGUCUCUCGGCAUGCAAUAGAUGGAAAAUUUGUAUUUGUAGAUCAAAGAGCAACAGCAAUUUUGGGCUAUUUACCACAGGAACUUCUAGGCACUUCAUGUUAUGAAUAUUUUCAUCAAGAUGACAUAGGCCAUCUCGCAGAGUGUCAUAAACAAGUUUUACAAACGAGAGAGAAGAUAGCUACAAACUGUUACAAGUUUAAAAUAAAAGAUGGCUCUUUUAUUACACUUAGAAGUCGAUGGUUCAGUUUUAUGAACCCUUGGACCAAAGAAGUAGAGUAUAUCGUAUCUACAAACACUGUGGUUAUCCUUAAUGGUGGAACACCAGACAUUACUUCAGCUUCAUUAGGAUCAGGGCAGAUUCAAGAUGCUAUUAGCUAUCCAUACUCUGACAACUCCUCACUACUUGGUGACAAUUCCCAACUUAGUAUUGAUAUGAUUGACAAUGAUCAAGGAUCAAGCAGCCCAAGCAAUGAUGAAGCAGCUAUGGCUGUUAUAAUGAGCCUUCUGGAAGCAGAUGCAGGACUUGGAGGACCUGUAGACUUUAGUGACUUACCAUGGCCCUUAUAAAGCACUACAUUGACUCAACAACUUCAGAAGUAUCUAAAGUGCAUUAUUGACAAUGUUUCACUAUGAGUGAAGCUACUUGAACUUCAACCUGGGGACUGCUUUUAUGUGCAAGUUCCAUAAAAGCCAUAUCAACACACCAUGCAGUAAUUUAAGGAAGUGGACAUGAACCCAGUGCAGUAUUCUGCAUUGCUGAAUAGCCAGCUUGUGCAUCGCUUGCAUUGCAUUUUACAUGCUGUUCUGGUGUUCAGGUUUUUUAAUGUUGUGCUAAAAAGCACAAGCAUCAUUCUAAGCUUUUCUAUGCCAUUUCAUCCUUAUAGAUGUAUGGUGUUUUUACACUACAGAAAUCCCUAUGUGGAUAUUUCUUACUACUUGUAUCAUAAAGCUGUUGUUUAUUCUUUAAUGUAAGUAAGAUUUGCUAUAAAUAUGUUAUAAUGUAAUGUAUUAGUGAAAUAUUUUUAAAAUAAAAAAAAAACUCUGGUUUA